AUGACGAAGGAUUCAAGUGAUACUCUCCUAACCACUAAAAAGAUGUCCCCAAAGAGGAAGUCACAGGCAAUUGAAGAGGUGAACAAUACAAAGAAAGUCAAAGUUUACCACAGGAGUCAUGGCAAGGAGGCGGGCCACAUUCUUGUUUUGGGUCAGGGUGAUGUCGGACAGCUGGGCUUAGGAGAGGACAUCAUUGAGAGGAAAAAGCCCGCUCUGGUGCCGCUACCUGAGAAAAUAGUGCAGGUGGUCGCCGGGGGCAUGCAUACUGUGUGCCUCAGUGAGACUGGCAUGGUUUACACUUUUGGCUGCAAUGAUGAAAAGGCUCUUGGUCGGGACACAAAAGAGGAGGGUCUGAAACGACUCGGGAAGGUUGUGCUCGGGGAGAAAGUGGUCCAGGUGUCAGCGGGAGACAGCCACACUGCUGCACUAACCGAGGAAGGAACUGUGUACGUGUGGGGAACCUUCAGGGAUAGUAAUGGCGUUAUAGGUCUCCUGGAUCCUUUGAAAACAAGCGAUGUUCCAACUAAAGUUCCCUUGACAGAAGCUGUCGUGAAGUUGUAUCAGGUAGCGACGAGUAACGACCAUCUUGUAAUGGUGACCAUAAAGGGAAAUCUCUACACGUCAGGCACUGCCGAGCAGGGGCAGCUCGGAAGGGUGCCUGAGCAGUUUUCAGAUCGGGGAGGCAGGAAAGGCCUUGAACGUCUGUUGACUCCUCAGAUGGUCAUGAAGGGAAAGUCCCACUUUGUCGACGCUUUUUGCGGGGCUUACUUCACAUUUGCUUUGUCCAAAGACGGGCACAUUUAUGGAUUUGGCCUCUCCAACUAUCAACAGUUGGGAACCAAAAGCUCAAAGAUGUAUUUCGUCCCCAUGAAACUGACCUGCUUCAAAAAUUCAACCUCCACCUGGGUUGAUUUCUCUGGAGGACAACAUCACACGGUCUGCCUCAACUCGGAAGGACAGGUGUACAGCCUGGGUAGAGCCGAGUAUGGGCGCCUUGGCCUCGGCGAACAAGCUGAAGAGAAAAAUGAACCCACAGCCGUCAGUGGGAUUGAACCAGCUAGCAGAGUGACAUGCGGGGCAUCCGUCAGCUAUGCGGUCACCAAAGAUGGGUCUGCGUACGCUUGGGGAAUGGGCACCAAUUUACAACUCGGCACAGGCCAGGAGGACGACGAGUGGAGCCCUGUGAAAAUGACCGGCAAGCAGCUGGAAAACUGCACAGUUCUGAUGGUGUCCAGUGGAGGGCAGCACACAGUGCUUUUGGUCAAAGACAAUCAGGAAAGUUGAUGAGCCUCUCAGGUGUGUAAUGAUGCUUCAGCCGUGUUCACUGUGCCUGAAAUUGGUGGUGGUGGUGGUGGCGGUGGAGAAAGAUCAUUGUCUUGUUGUGGCUCCAUCAUGGCAGAUUAGAAGAGCUAAGUGGCCGCCUUAUGUGAUGUGCCUAAUAUGGUGGUGGAUGUGAUGUGCCUAAUAUGGUGGUGGACACUUUGAGUAUGUCAUGAUAGAUAUGAAUACAAAGCUAUUUUUUUAAAACCAUAUUCCUUUGGUGCGUUUUCAAUAAAAAAGUCAUUAGUAUGACUGUGGUAGGUGAAGUUUGACUGUAUGUGUACAUAAGAGCCUUUUUAAUUAGGCCCAGACUGGACUUUUAAAGAAUGCCUUUUAUUUCUUUGGUUUCGAGCAAUAAUUGCAUGGUGUUUGGUUUAGACAAGACAUUUAUGCCAACUGAGUCUGUCGAGCUGCUGUCCAGAGAAAAUACUCAUAAUGUUUUCAAUGAAAUUGGGUCACUGUUUUGUAUUUUGCUAUUGUUCCUGUCUGAGAAUAAAUUCAAUCAUAUUACA